AUGAACUCUCGGGCUUCGCUGGGGCCUGCCAUCGCGAGGAAGAUGACCGAACAUCUCGAGGGCUUUCUAGCGAGAAGCUAUUGGUCGCGUUGGAUGCACGAUGGCCUGAUUUUUUUUUUUAGUCGUGUCUGGCCGGUCUUGGUGGUUGCGUGCGGCUGUGAAAACAUGAGUCAUUUAUGGCCGCACGUGGGACGGGCAGCGGCUAUACGAGGUCGUUUGUUAAUUGAGCAGAGAAAAAGAUCGAGUGGGGCUGGGGACGGACCAGAUCUCGCGAGGAUGACGAUCAACCGGAGAUUAUCUGACUGUUGUGAAACUCAGACGAUGGGUGUUGGCCGGAGAUGGCAGGGCUGA